AAUCGCAGCUGGGGGAAGAAGCAUGUGACAAAAAUAAAUUCAUUUUCAUACAUAAACACAAAAAAAGGCUAAUAGCUGUUAUUUACAUUACACAGUAAUUAAUACAUGACCACUCGAACAAAAAGGAGAACAUACAGGAGGAUUACAUACAGACAUAAUGGAACAUUUACUGGUCUUUUCAAUAAAGUAACGAAAAACAAAGGGGCCAUUUAAAACAUGCCAUAGAAGGACAACAAGCAACUCUUUGAUUUUACGACAUAAACAAGAAAAGAUGCCAGUAAAAUAUAAUGUUUGUGCACGACUUCAGCUUGUAAACAGUUAUUGGUGAUGUCACGAAUUGGAAUGGAAAGAAACUCCAUGCUUGAUUCUUUCCUGUUCAGUAACAAUGAAAGGACAAAGAAUACAAUCAAAGGAAGAAAGUUUUUUAGCAGAGAAUCGAUCUAUAGUAAGGAUAAAACAGAUCUGAAAGAAAACAAAGGUUGCAAUGAAGAAAAAGUCAGACAUUGGCCUUAUCCAAAGAGCGUGAGGAUUUUACUUCCGGAGGGAAAAAAUGUCGAUAAAAAUGCAAAAAAUCCAAACUCGUUUAAUGCCAAGAAGACUCAAAGUUUGGAAAAUGCGACAUACAAUAGAAAGAUGUCAAGCGUGCAUGAAUCCUACCACAAUUUCCUCGCUGAAAAGAAAGAAAAUGCAACUUUGCCCAAGCGCUACUUGCCAAAGAUACUCCACUCUUUUUUGAAUCCGUCACAAGCUGAAAGGCCGAAAAAUAUUCUUAGCAUUCCAGUUCACCAAGUGUUGCCCAAGAGAUUGGAUAAUCCUUCCAGGACUCUUUUUACAAAAACCUCGCUUAAAGAACCCAUCAAGAUAAAGUCGAGCGAGCCGGUCUUGGAUAAAACACAGGCUAAAGACAGACAUACAUUGAAAAAGCGAUCAAGUGCACCGUACGUCCGGGAAAGCAUCACUAUAAUCGAUCGGGAUCGAAAAAAAUCAGCCCCGUACUCAAGUCUCGAAAUGAAGGCUUUAAUGGCUUCGAGAUUCUUUUCCAAAAAGGAUAAGGACGUACAGUUACUGCAAUCAAAGAGAAAACCUUCCAUUUCUUCACCAGGGACCCGUCCUUCAGUAUAUCCGCCAAAUGCGGUCGCUGGUGCUGCUGAAAAUGUCAAUCCUCCUCGUGACAAGCAGCCUCCUAACUUCAGGCGACCGGGCUAUGUUCGUGGACAGGGUUCAAGAGAUGUCCAUUCCUCUCCUCCCAAAGAUAGAGUCAGAUUCGCAGCUAAAGAUUCAUCUAGCGAAACUAUAAGUAAAGGAAGUUGGAAUGAAGUCUCGACGCGGAAGUCACAGAGUCCUACUCGAAAGCAGCCGACGGCAUCAGUGAGCACGACAAGAAAGGAGGAAUACUCUGAAGACAUAAGAAUAAAGAACCUACGUCCGGUCCAGCUAUCGCCGCACACCAUCGAAUACCUUCCUUUGGAUCUUGCCAAACUACAGACAAACUCUGAAAACAUACUGGAAAAGCUUAAGAAAAAAGACAAGAAAGAGAAACAGCAAAAGGAAUAGAGCCUCAAUUUGAAAAAUGUCUUUAUAAAAUGUAUGAUUGAUGGCUUUCUCCUUAUCUCUCUGAGCAAAUCAAGUUGACUUCUCACGAUCCAAAAAAAUGCUGUGUCUUACUACCAACACCACAUUUAGGUCACGGCUACGCUCAACUUUUUAAUAAUAACAAAAUGUAUUUCAGAAAAAUACAGUUUUUAUCUCAGA